AGAUAGUCAGAUAGUGCCAUGUUUGACAUUUGCUCCCGCGAAACAAGGACCGCAAAAAUCGGAAAAUUCCUUUUGUGGCACGUAGUAGUAGUGCAAUACCACUACGAUGACUGGAGCCCUACUACGCUGCUUUCGCUUUGCGAAGGGUCACGAUAAUCCUGAAUCUGUAGUUGUAAUCGCUUACGACGUCAAGCGGGUCAACUUCAGUUACUGAUCGAAAAAGCCCUGAAUCUGGAUACAAAGUUUGGAUCGCGAUCGUAUCUACGGCUCACAUGCAUGCUACUACUAUAGCACACCGGAAUAACGCAGGGAACGCCAUCUGUAGAAGUAAUAGGCUCAAAUUUUAGGUCAAGUCCAUACUAAUCCACAAAAUCCCAUAGCUCUAAAAAAUUUUGACCGUGAUACUAGGCCGACUUGCGGCAUUCUUUUGAAUCACACUCCCUACUUUGUUUUUCUCUCACCAGUACUAUGUCAUCGUUAUUUUAUACCAGCAAACGGGGCCGUUAACACCCAUUUUGGUGGAAUCGCCGCAUUGAUGCGGCGAAGUCUUGAGCCUGAGGAGUGAGAUGAAACGCGCAAACGUAUAUUUAUCGCUAAGACAACUUCAUAGAUUGAAGAACAAAAUUUUUAUGCGAUUAUAAUAUGACAUGACUACUACCUUCAAAUCAGGCGAAUCGUCGAAAGCGUAUAAAGUAAGCGUAGCCAACUACAUAUACCUAUCACACAGAUCGCAGACAAAAACUUCGCAACUGUUAACUAUGCUCGUCAAUCCUCGUAUCAUCUUCAAUGAGAUCCCAGUUGGCUUGCCUGACACCAACACCCUGGUCGUCGACAAUUCGCAAAGCAUGGAUCUCGAAAGCGUUCCAGUGCAAGGCGGAGUCCUUGUCAAGACUCUCGCUUUGAGCUUGGAUCCGUACAUGCGCAAUCGCAUGAGGCCAGUCGACGUGCCAGGGGAUAUGCCCGCCCUCCCUCUGGGAGAAACCGUCACAGGCUUCGGUGUAGGGGUUGUUCUGCGAUCUGAGACACCGUUGAUAAAGGUGGGAGACCACGUAUACGGAUUUAUGCCAUACCAACAGUACAUCGUUGUGCCUUCGAUAGGCGCCAAUUCUUUGGCUAUGCAAGGGUUGGGACUGCAGGUACUCGAAAACAAGUACAACGUUCCAUGGCGAUACUAUGUCGGGAUCUUAGGCAUGAGUGGCCAGACGGCAUACUAUGGCCUUAAAGACAUCACUAAUCCCAAGCCGGGAGAGACACUAUUUGUUUCCGCUGCUUCGGGAGCUGUUGGCCAUUUCGUCGUACAACUUGCCAAAGCACAAGGCCUGAAAGUUAUCGCGUCCUGCGGGAGCGAUGAGAAAGUCAAGCUCGUCCAAGGUCUUGGCGCUGACCACGUGUUCAACUAUAAAACGGCGAACACAAUGGAAGAGCUGAAGCGGCAUGGACCGAUUGACGUGUACUUUGACAAUGUGGGAGGAGCGACUCUUGAGGCUGCCAUAGAGAAUGCUGCGCAGAAGGCUCGGUUUGUGCUCUGUGGAAUGAACCUAUGGCUUCUGAGUCGGUACAGAGUGAAGAUGGAGGGUCUUAUCAUGACUGACUGGGUCGACAAGUAUCUCGAUGAAUUCCUCGAAGUCGUGCCAAGGGAUCUCGCAUCAGGCAAGCUGAAAUAUCUUGAGCACGUCUACCAUGGGAUGGAUAAGGUCGGGCAAGCGUUCGUGGAUCUCUUUACUGGGGGAAAUGUUGGAAAGUCCGUAAUUGUUCUGGAAGAGGAGGACGCCCAUUAGCUCCGCGUGUGGUGGUGACGAGUCUGGUUCAGGAACCUGGGUGUACUAGUAUAUCCAACGCGCUCGAUGACGAGAAGAGCAAACAAAAUGCGCACCACAGGAUCACACAUGACUUGGGGCGUCAUGUCAUUGCAACGCCUCUGAUGUGGGUG